CACAAGCCAUCCAAAGCCGUUUUCGUCUCUGGCAGAGCAUUUUUUUUCCCCCAUCUGUUUUUGCUCGGAAGGACGAUAGCAAGCAAUAGAAAGAAGAGCCACCAAUGCGUAUAAUUUAAAAACACUGUCAAGCAGUGAUGAGCGAAGAAUCCUGUUACAUAGCCUCGCGGAACCAUGUUCUUCAGCGUUGACGAUGACCCAAAAACUUGGAAACUUGUAGCGCAUAUUGCUUGGCGACUGGCGUGGGCCUGCAUUGUGCGAUAAGUGAUCUUUAGAUGUAGGAAGUGCAACAGACAAGUGAUUUUUUGUUGUUAUCGCCACCUCAUCGCAUGGCGUUCAAGUUGGUUCUUCGCGCCUCCAACCUGAUGUUAUGAACCUUCAAAGUCUCUUUGAAGACUUCAAUCCUAGUCGUUUUCUAGUUCACUGCUGCCUGCUAGCGUUCACGCUGCUCUUCUCGUUGAGGCUCGAUGGCGUCAUCUCGUGGAACUACUGGGUCGUGUUCCUUCCCCUUUGGAUCUGGAAGUUUAUGGUCAUCGUUGGAGCCGUGGUGGGCAGCUACGUGUGGUGGACGCACCCACAAUACAGGAAUGAAGGGGAUGGCCAGGUCCAUUACCAGGCAAUGGUCAUCAGCCUGUUCCUGCAGCUGCUGCUCCUCGUCUUUGAGGUGCUUGCCUGUGACAACCUUCAGAAUGAUCGGCACCUCUGGACUCUCGUCUUUAUACCGCUCAUCUUCAUCUCGGUCCUCUCCAUUGCCGUGUGCAUCUGGGCAGUCAAGCACGACCGCUCCUUUGAGCUGGAGCUCUUCUGUUCUGUGAACGUGCUGCAGUUUAUAUUCCUGGCUCUCCAGCUCGACAAGUUCAUCCAGUGGAGCUGGGUGGUGGUGUUUGUGCCAUUGUGGAUUGUGAUGUGCUUGGCAGUGAUCGGGGUGCUUUAUGCGAUCAUCUUUGCGAGCAUCCUGUUGCGCACCCCUGAAGUGAGCCCCGAGCAGCGACGCACUAGCCUACACUCGGCCAUCUCCUACAGCAUGAUCGUGGGCCCUCUUCUUGUGUUCCUAGUGUUGCUGUCGAAUAAGCUGGACACGGAGGACAGCCUUGGCUAUACUGAAACUUGCACGCCCCUCUAUUUCACGUUCCUUGUUCUCAUCUUCCUGUCCUUUGGAUCCAAAGGAGGAAACCAUUGGUGGUUUGGAAUCCGCAAGGACUUCUGCCAGUUCCUGUUGGGAGCCUGCCCACUGCUUCAGGAGUACGGCAACAUUUCCUACAGCCUGCACAACAACGAAGCUGACAGCCCACCCUCAAUGGACGCCGUUGCUGCCUCGGAGGUCAAGUCGAUACCUCGGCAGCGUCCUCGAAGUUCGGUGCUUGCUGAACCUCGUCCCAUUGUUGCAGCUCUCGCCAUCGACACACCAGACUGACAGCGUUGGUGGCAGGCAGCUGUUAUUCUUUCUUGCCCUUUAACCGGAAAGCUUGCUCAGAAAAAGUUAGUAGGGGCCAUUUUGGCACGAGGCAAGUGGAUUACUUUGGUUGUGGCCCCGUUACGUUUCUCCACUUCCACACCAACUUUAACAAAGAGAAGUACAGCCUCAUGCAGUCUUUUUCAAAAGCAGAAGGCCAUAGAAAGGACAUCAUAGCUUAAAGGGGCACUGCAGAGAAAUGCUAGAUUAGUAGAUUGCACAAGACAUUGCUACAGCAAAUUUCAAGGAGAGGAUAAAUUACUUCAUUAGGACUGCUUGAAUUACUUCGUUAUGACUUCCAGAAAUUUUUUAUAACUGUUACUUUCUUAUAACUGUUGUCUACACUUAUGACCAACAUUGCUUGCCAUGGCGAGAAGGUCUGGGGUGUUAUCACAUGGUAAGCUGAAGCUGAUGUAAGAGUUUGGCAUGCACCACUGAAGGACUGCACAAGGUUGUUUCCUGCCGCAUCUUCUCCAUCGGGAUGAGUGCUUCUCUAAAUGCAGCUGUCAACACUAGUUCAUCUUGGUCAUCGUCGUGCGCGAAGUAACAGUGCAACAAAUCUGCCACGUGCAGAGCUUGCAAAGCUGUCUUGCAGUGCAUGCUGUGCUGUCUGAUCAUGACCAUGGUAAACUGCUAUGUGCACAAUGUCAAGUUAAGGGGUCUGCAUCUUUGCAUACUGGUCUCAUGUCAUCGGUGAUUGGUCGGCGUAUCAGAAUUUCGUGAGUGGUGGAGUGCUGCAGGCUUCCAAUUUUGCACACUGCUUAUUGCUUUCGAACACCAGAAAGGCAUUUCUUCACUCAACAAAGGCAUGGCAUGUUAUGCACAGAGUGCACAAAAGAAUUUGGGAGCGAGUGGGAGUUUGCAGCAGCUGUAGAGUGUAGGAGUGGCUGCCGACUUGGCAGCGUGGGCGGAUUGGCAUGUUCUUGAACUGCUGCAACUGCUGAUUUAGUAAGAGCACUAAUACAGUAUCAUAUUUACGCCUAAUCAACACGAAUAAGAAGAAGUCUGUCCCAAGCUAUAAAAUGUUUGUUCUAUCCAUUUGUAGGACAUUUUUGCUUCAUUAAAAAGAAGUUUCAAAAGCAAGAAUUUUUAUGUGAACUUCAUGAGGAUUUGCGCUUAGUUUGGUAUAUCUAUUAGUUUCUUCUAACCUGUCUAACAGAGAGUUAUGACUGUAGACAAAUGUUACUGUGGCUGGAGGCUUUAUCAGUCGAUCAGUGUACAUCACUUAGGAAGUUACAUCUCCAUAGGCUUCACCAACGCUUCACCAAGGUCAAUCAAAAGUCUAGAAAGGAAAAAAAAAAGUACUUUCCUUUUGAAGAUAAACAAGAACUUAACCCAAUAGUUCUUUCACAUUUUCCACCACAAUUAAGGGCACAAACAUGUAGAAAUGCCACUGUAUUUGUGGUACAAAAAGGAUGUUGUGGCCGCUGUGAUUUUGGUGCGAUGUUCAAGGAGGGGAAGUCUGCUUUUAUUUGUGCUCCUAAUUGUAAAUAUUUUACUGCCAAAGAAAUACAGAAGGAGUUUUGAAAGACUAAUUCUUCAGUGUUUCUCUUCAGUAUCUCUUAAAACAGAAACAAAAUUGAGUGGUGUGCGGGACUGGUGUUCACAACCAACACAGUGUACAUCUGAAUCGCAGGUGACAUGCCGAUACCAUCACGGGAUGAAAUUUUUUUUUACUUGGUCUGAACUGAUGUGAGCAUGUGGAAAUUGAUUGCUGGCCAAGUGUUGGAAGGUUGACAUAGGGUCAUCUCAUUAUACAGUCGACUCCUGUUAAUUCAGUGCUCAAACGACUGGCGAAAGUGAUCAAAUUAUCCGGUGGGUUGAAAUAAACAAGAUGCAUAAAAAAUGCCAAAACGCGGCAUUAAUUCAUUUGGUAGUAGUAUUUGCCAGAUUUUAACACGUCCCCAAAUCAAACAUGUGCCCACCUUGUGUCCAAUGUAGAAACAUAACGGAUAAAUGACGUUAAAGCUCCUAAACAAACUGGGAAUAUAAUGCGCACAUGAUUUUUUAGCUUGAAAAAUGGCAAAGAGUCAUAAUAUGUGUUGCACCAUGAUAGCCAGUUUCUGAAAGUCAACUUUGCUGCAUGUUUUUUUAGAAGUCAGAUUCGGUGCAAUACAUCGGUGCUAUGUCAGGCUAGAUGGAGCGAAAAACCGGCAUCAGAAUGACAGCCUUUGCCCAGCCGCGAAUGGUCGACCCCCGGUGUCUAAAAGUUUGAUGCCUGCUGCCUACCUGGCUCAACCAGAAAAACUUCACCCAGUGAACUGUUGAAAUUAAAGUGGAGAGAGGAAACAAAAUUAUAAUAAUGCCUCAAUGUUGUGAAAAUUGCAGCAAAAAUGGCUGCGGCAAUUCUCUGAGCUGUAUCUGUUAGUUUGUUUAAAGGUACACUAGAGGCAAAUACUAAGUCAAUAUGGACUGUUAAAAUACCAUUCCAGAAACCUCGCAGUGCUUGUUUUGUGCCAAUAAAAGACUUGGUUUAUGAGAAAAUCGUGUUUGAAGGCUCUGCACACCUUUAGCAAAAUUCAAAUCGCCCGCUCCCAUGCGAGGAGUGGUGACAUUGCAUAUGUUAUUGCCGUCGGUUACUGCCCUUGGGGAGUAAAACGGCACCUGACAGACGGCGCAAUGGUUUUUUUCGCGAAACAUGAACGUGCAGCUGUAGAGAAACCUAGCCAUGACAGAGCGGUGGAUUCGCCACUGCAGCUGCUCUUGGUCAAAUGGUAUGGACCAUUCAGGAAUCCUGCGACAUCACAUGGACGUGGCUCUUGUAGUUUGUGAGAGUUUCACGAGCCAUCAAAACCAGUGCGGCACUACGCGAUAAUGAAACUACUGAAAUGCAAAAGCGUGGGCAGCGCACAGUUGAGAAAAUGAAACCUUUCGACCGCCCGUGUCGUUGUCAAGUACACAUCAAUGAGUUCUUUUUUCUAAAUAUCAAAUAGAACUGGACAAGUGGUAUUUUCUUUUGUCUUAUAAUGCAUUACAAUAAUCUUUUUAUUCCGAGUCAGUACUCCCAAAGAACAUCCGCUCUGAAGGCCUUAGUUUCGUUAUUAAAGUUCCUGGGAUCUAUGGGGUUUCACGAUAGACAUUUAAGAACGCCGCCCUCUACCUUUGUGUAGUGUACGCAGUUUGUUCGUGCUCAUCUCUCUUUCUCUCUAUCUCCCCUUUCCACUCUCUUUUUAUCCCUCUCAACCCUUCCCCCCAGUGCAGGAAACUACCUCUGGUUAACCUCCCUGCCUUUCUAUGCAUUCUUUUCUCUCUCUCUCUCUUCUUAUUAUGAGUAGUUGAGUGCUAGUGAGAAUUAUAAUGAGGAGUACCUUUGUCAUCUGGCUAAUACUUGAAUGGCCUGAGGGAUUCUUUAAUCUUGUCCUGCAUUCACCUCAAUUUCUCGACCACUAAAGCUCUGUUUGCCAUAAUAUUGACGUCUUAGACGUUCUCGAGCACUAACCUAUCACUUUAGCUUGUCUUAAUAUUUGCCUUUAGUGUCCCUUUAAAGCAGCAAGUAUGAACUGAGGGAGAAGGACAACUGUGUAUUUGUGGACCUGACACUCAUGCCCGGCCGUAGCACCUUCAAUAUUGUUUUGAGUUCAAGCUUGUGCUUACGGGCAUGUGGAGUACUAUUGAUGUCUGGGGACAUAAAGUAACAAUUCUAUUCCAGUUCUGGUUCAUUUAAGCUUAAUUUUAUUCUUGCCACGGCGGCCGCAUUUCGAUGGGGGCGAAAUGCGAAAACACUCGUGUGCUUAGAUUUAGGUGCACGUUAAAGAACCCCAGGUGGUCGAAAUUUCCGGAGUCCUCCACUACGGCGUGCCUCAUAAUCAGAAAGUGGUUUUGGCAUGUAAAACACCAUAAUUUUUUUUAUUUUAUUCUUCAUCAGCGGCUGGUACAAAUGAAAUAGCGUGCCCCUAUUAUCACCAGGAUCAGCGAACUGGCAUAUCACAAGUGAAAGAAACAGAAUCCAAUCAAAAGUCUGUAGGUGCGCAAGGGGGGAGUUGCUAUGCAGUGUGGUUUGAGCACAUAGAAAGAUGGAGGUGUGGGGUUUGGUGAAAGGAGGGAAGAGAGAUGGGGUAUUGUCUGAAUUAGAUUCCUUGGCAGCACUUUUACGUUUAAUUUUCACGCGCUGUCACUUACAUUUGACAUUGUUGCUAUUGGUUGCACGCAAUAUACUGUCUCCCAGGAAUAGUCAUUGGUGGAGAUCCUCUCAAAGAAAGUUGCAUAUCCAUUCGAUGGAUGCCACAAGUGAGAUAAUGGAAUACAUAUGAAAUUAAGGCCAUAAUUCUAAUCUAUCACUUGUGGAAUAAGUGUCGCUUUCAGAGAGACCCAUCUGGACAAGUGGUGGAAGUGGGUGCAAUGAAAAGAAGUCAUGGGUAGGCGCAUUCUUUGGCAGUAUUAUUUUUACAGUGAGUAGUUGAGUGUGUUCAUUAGGUAGAUAGCAGGAAUGUUGUGAUGUUAAAGGAAGGUGAUUUGGUGAUACAGUGAAGCAUAAUGUUGCAAGUUUGUGAAAGUGAAGGUGUCGCUGUAGUUGGCCUGUCAAAAAAAAUACAUCCCCUGGCAAGUGUAAAAUAUAGUAGGUGUACCUUCAUUUGUUUGGGGGGGAACACUUAAAUGAGUGUCUAAUUAUUGGUAAAAAAAAUGUUUUUUGAUUUAUUGUUGGUUGAUUAUAAACAAUGUUUGGGAGUCGUGAAAGAAGCAGUAGGUGAACUUCAUGGCAAUUUGUUAGAAGAAAAAAAAAGGAAAGUGUGCAAUUGGCUUGCCUGUUGAUAGUGAAUCCUCAUUUGGAACUUAGUUACAGCAUCAAGUAUUUAAGCUUGUGCACACUUUUUGUGCACUGAUUUUUUAGCUUUUUGGCUCACCUUAAAAUUCUCUUGAAGGGAGUGCACUUUCGGUAUUUUUGGGGAGUAAAUUAGCACUCUGUACAACAUUUGCCUCUGCUGUGUCGCCAGUUUGUAACCUGCUUGCCAUGAGAGAACAAGGACAGACACUUACUAUGUGCACGUGCUCAGUACUAGACAACGUCAACUUUUCUUUAAACCAGAAUGCCCCAUUCACACAACUGUUUGUUGCUCUGUCUCAUCACUGUUGUAGCACUGGUUUUCAUGCUGAUUUCGGGAAAAAAAUGCUGUCUACCUAUGAUGUGAGCUGAUGCUCAAUGCAGCAGUGACAGCUUUGGGCACUAUCGAAAGCCAGCCAUUUCCAGAAGUCGUGUGUCCUUGAACUAUUUGGCUGUCCGUUGUGAUGGAAAUUUCUGCUAAGUGUCCAUUUACAAUAACUAAUCUAUUGUACUGGCUCUAAAAGGUAGUUUGUAUUUUGUUGCUUCUUUCUUUUUUACUUUGUAGUUUUAGAAACUAUUACACAAUUUGCUAAAGCAAAAGGCCAAACCUGUCUAGUUCUAGGUGAAUAGGGAUUCUCCCAGGGGACUCCACAGAAGAGUGUGUGGUGACAGGUGUGGCUGCCCAUUAGCUGCACCUGCUAACGAUACAGUGACCCAUUUCCAAGAUAUUAUGUUUUUAUGUAUGUUCCAGUGGUGUGGUGAGACACAAGAUGGAUGUUUGAAUGAGGUUUUGUUCUGCGUCUUCGUUAUCCUGACAAUUCUUAGUAUUAACAAAGAACCUUUAGUAGAAGGUUACUGCAUGUAGAUGUACAAAUGCCAUGUCCCCACCUGACACAAUGUUUUUCAGAUAACUCUUUCCUUUCUGUCAAACAAGUUCCUGUUGAGUGCAACUGAGAGCUCCAUGGAAUUAUUUUGGGAAAUUGAAAAAUGCUGCAUUUUUCAGGCACUUGGAAGCAAUUGCUGGCAAUGUGUAGAGAUACUAUCUUUUAUUGGGACGGUGUUCUUUUGUAUUGCAUUACCAUUGCAUAGUGUCAGGAGUUAUUGGUCUUUAAGGCAUGGUGUUUGAGCCAAGGAUUGAUAUGCAACUUGUGUGUAUAUAAACAUGGGAAAGCAGUGUGCUUUGCAUUGGAAUCAUGUGGUGCACCAUGCUAAAGACGUUAUCAGCACAUGAGAAGUACCCGUGCCUUACUGAGUUUCCUAUCAAGGCGUGGAAUUUGGGCGCGGAACAAACUUUGGCAAAGUGGCAUCGAAGCAAUGGUCUUUCCUGCGACUGAACUGUGGCAGGCAUGGGCUUGACCUUGCAGAAGAUUUAGAUGUUACUGUAUGACAGCCAUUAUUAUUUCUGUUCUCUUUGUUAUUUAACUCUUGGAAUGUUGUUAAUGUUGAAUCCCUGAGCUUUCCCUUGUACUGUGUAAACAUAGUGUGUUGUUCUUUUAAUGUUGUGUGAGUGUUUCAUGUGCUUCUAUUAUCUUUAUGACUGAAAACUUUUUUUUUGCUGUUUGUUUCGUUAAUGCUGGUUUGAUCAGCUGACGACUAUGCAUAUCACUACACUGACUACCCUCUCCCCAACAUUUUUCUCAGUUUUUACCAGACUUGAAUUGCGUACGUUGCUGUGCAUUUGUAUAUCUAGAAUUUGUCUCUUGGUUUGUCUUCCUGCACCUGCAUCGAGCGUAGUUGUGAAUGAUGCAUUUAUGCAACACCCGCUUUAGAAAAUAUCUCAUGAUUGUGUCUACCAUGUGUUUUUGUACUAUUUUUCCAUGUCGAGCAGUAAAUUGUCUGAAAGACAGAAGCAAUACUGAAAGUCACAGAUACCCGUACACAUCUAGAAGUGGAAGAUAAAUUGUUAAUUUGUCUCAAAAUAACAUUUAUUAGUGGUACUACGAUGCAGUUGGGCCGAACUGGCAAUAAUGAUGGCCACACAACGCAAAUGCAAAGCCCCCUGACUGGGUGAUUUAAAAUGCAAAUCUGUAUUUUACCGUACUGGAGUAUAAAGAAUAAAAAAGAAAUGUUAUGUCACA